AUGGCGGACGAUGUGGACGUGAAUGUUGACUCUCGCGAAGAUGUUGAACAAAUGUUCACAGAAGCCACAGAAUACGUGAAAAUUUUACAAGGACUGAGCGAUGAAGAUAAGCUUUUAUUCUAUGGGUUGUAUAAACAGGCCAAAGAGGGUCCAGUAAAAACAUCUAGGCCGGCCUUUUGGGACUUCGUUGGCCGAGCUAAAUGGGAUGCCUGGAAAUCUCUUGAUAAGUUGGACAAGGAAACAGCCAUGGAUAGCUACAUUCAGAAACUGUACUGUCUUGAUCCUGAUUGGGAUAUCAAAUAUCUGACGUGCAGCAAAGAUGCAAUAUCUGCUUCAAGUAACGCACCAAAACAGCAGACCAUGGGUUUGGCUGUCAGUACUUUGAGGCGUGGAUGGUGUGACGAAUUUAUCAGUGAUGUGAACAAGUCUGUUUUUGACUGGUGUAAGGAAGGGAAUGUCAAGAGAUUGGACCACUUGUUGUCUAAGGGUCAAGACAUCGACCAAAAGGAUGACCAGGGCAUGGCUUUGCUUCACUGGGCCUGYGAUCGUGGUCAUGACCAUGUCGUAGAUUACCUCAUCAAAAACAAAGCUGAUGUAAAUAUAAGAGAUGCUGAGGGACAAACUCCACUUCAUUAUGCUGCCACGUGUGAGUUUCUAUCCAUAGUAAAACAACUACUAGAUGCAAAGGCCGACCAAACUAUACAAGACGAUGAUGGCUGUCUGGCAGAAAAUGCUACAGACAAUAAGGAAAUAAUCAACAUACUACUUAGAAGAGAGUAGGCUUGCUGUUGGUGAGAAAACAUGGGUGGGGAAGGUAAAGUUGUAAUUUUGCUGUUCUCUAGUCCCUUUCAUCUCUUUAGUCCACAGGCUUCCCAGAUGUAUUUAUUUCAUCUUUAUGUCUUAAUAAUACUUUAUUUUUAUUCUAACGAAUUCAUAUUGUAUAAAUCUUGAAUCGUAAACAUUGUUUCCUUUUACAAAUU